CGGCUAGAGCCAGCACUUCAUCUGUCAUGACAUUCCGAUUAUCAUGAGUCCGUUGCUCAUGAGUCUGCAACAGUCGAAGUGCAUGGUAUACUCGUAGCCCGAGCGCCUACGAUAUAAUUGGAAUAGGGACUGGGCUGGUUGGUGCUGGAAAUCUGCAGCCUUCCGCGCCUCCACCUGGAGUUUAUAUUGUCCUCCCGAGCUGCUGUGGAACGGGUCAAUAUUUUGACAUCCAAGCUUGGGUGCUUCGAAGCUAGUGUUCUUCAUCGAUGAAUACAAAAAUAUGCCCAUCUCAGAAAAAGCCGUCGCAUUUGUCUGCGUCGUCACACUUAUUUUGGCCGUUGCUAUUCUGGCCGUUGGAUUACGACUUCAUGUUCGUGUGUCGCUGCUAAGAAACCCGGGAAAGGAUGACUGGCUAUGUCUCGCGGCACUAUGCUGUGGUUUGGGGACGUACCUAGCGAACAUGGCUGGGGUGGCAGCAGGCUUCGGCGACCCAUUAUCGAAUAUGACUCCUGAAAAUCGAGACAUAACACUGAAGACGAUAUGGAUCUCGCCACCCCUAUGGGGCCUCUCCUCCUCUCUCGUCAAGCUGUCCAUAAUAACAUCCUACCUACGAAUCUGGCGCGACCGGCCCUUCAAGCUCCUCUGCCACACGCUCCUCCUGCUCAUCACCCUCUUCGGACUCUCCCUCUUCUUCGGCGGCGUAUUCGCCUGCGUCUCAAUCGCGCUAUCCUGGACGCCCCCCUCCCCAAGCUCCCGCGACCCCUCGCGCUGCCUCAACCUGCCGCUCUUCAUGUUCGUCACCUCGACCGUCAACACGGCGCUCGACCUCGUCAUCUUCGCCAUCCCCGUCCCCCUAGUGCACCGCCUGCACAUCGCCGCGCGGCAAAAGUUCGCGCUGACCGGCGUCUUCACCGUCGGCGCCGUCGUCUGCGUCGCCUCCGUCAUGCGCCUCGUCUCCAUCUACGAGCUCGACCCCACCACCGACCCGAGCGAGGGCGGCGUCCGCCUCGGCCUGUGGUCCGGGAUCGAGAGCAACCUGGCCAUAACCUGCGCCUGCCUGCCCACCCUGCGGCCCGUGCUGGCGCGCGUGUUCCCGCGCCUGCUGUCGAGCGCCGCGUCGCGCAGCGCGGGGUCGAGUUGGGGGCUGAGGAGCGGAGGCGUGAGUACCAUAGGGGGCACGCGACGGUGGACGCGGCGCGAGACCGGCACGUACCGAAUGCCGGAACUGGCGGCGGAUGAAUUUAGCCGGCAUGACGACCGCAAGCUAGGACAUGACGAUAUAGAGAUGGGCGCGAUUAGGGUGAACUCGACCUUCCGAGUCGACGUCGAGAGCGUGGCGGCUCCGACUCUGGUACACGUAGAUACUAGGCGUAACCACGCAUCGUAUAUGGAUUUAGGCGAAUGAACUGAGAAUCAAAAUUUGAUUGAACGAUUCGUUACUGUCUCGCCAACAAGAUGAUAAUUAAUGCUUGACCCAUUGCUAUUCUUAGG